AUGGGACGGUCGACGGCACAAGCGUAUUAUAAUAGAGCUUGGUGGAGACGACAACAGGUCGAAGCGGUGAAACAUGAAGCGCUCGCGUUAACAACCCAAACGCCCGUUUUGUUUACGAUUUAUGUGAAUCGAACGGCGGCUCUUAAAUCCGACGCGCCCGGCAUACAAAUGAGUCAGAUUUACGGGAAACGACAAGAUGUUGACGAUCUUUUUGAUGAU